AUGGACGCUCUCCUUGACCCUCGGAACCAGACAUUCUUCAUCGUCGGUAGUUCCAAUAUCAACGCCAGCGACCCGUCCCCUCUAAUCCCUAUUUCUCUACCUGUCAUCAACGCACAGCGCGUCCGUCUCGCCAGCACGUCUAUCAACUAUGGCGUACAACUCGGCCUCUGCCUUUUAUCCCUGCUAACGUCGCUCCUACUUCUUCCUACCGCCAAAAUCCGGCGUCCCGUGCACUUGUCGCAGGUCCUAUGCCUCGUCGUCUCAGUCACCCGGCUCAUCCUGCUCGUGCUGUACUUCCCCGGCCCGCUGACCGAGUACUACGUGGCCUGGACCCGUGACGCCUCCGUUUUACCGCCUGAAGCGUAUAAUAUAACGACGGCUUCUAGUGCAUUAAGCGUGCUGCAACUCGCUCUAGUCGAAUCGUCUCUCAUGCUCCAAAGCCGCGUCUUAGUCCGGACCUGGGGCGUAUACUCGGCGUCCCCAUUUCUCCGUUCUUCCAUCACCAUCACCAGCUCUUCAUCUAGCUCCGCCACGGCCGGCCGAAUCGGAAAAGGCUGGUGGCGUCCUCCAGUCCUAUUCCUGGCCGUGACCCUGGCCGCAGCCGCCGUCGCGCUCAGAGCUGUCUGGGUAGCGCACUACACGCAAGCUGUCAAGGGGCACACACUCCCCGUGCCUCUCGACGACGUGGGCAAGGCCUCUGCGGUGAUCAGCGCGAUGUCGGUAUUUUAUUUCUGCGGCAUCUUCUUCACGCAUCUGGCACUGCACCUCGCAGCCACGAGGCGUGUGCUCCGGGGUAAGGGACGCAAAUUAUCGAUUGCCUUGUCUUUGAAAGGGGGUGGGAGCAGUGGGAGGGGACUAAGCUCGCUUGAGAUUUUGGCUGUCGGAAAUGGUAUUCUUAUGCUGGCGCCUUGUCUCUUCGCCGGGCUCGAUAUAGCAGCCGGACCAGGAAAUACCCGCGUCCUGCCCUUCGACGCCGGAUCCUGGGUAACAACACUCGUAGCCGCCGGCCUACCACUCAUCAGCAUCGCCGCCUUCUACCGGGGCUCCGAUUCAGCCGGCUCAAGUUUCCGACGGUCAAACCGAGGGAGCAGAAGGAACUUGAAUAGGAGAAAAAGCCACCGCACAUCUUCCCCUUUUUUCGCCCCCGGCAACGGUAUGCCCUCGUUUGCUCUGCCCUCCUCUCUUUUUAGCUACCAAUCCCGCACUCUUUCCAAAACAGACGAGGACUCGGAAAUUGUGGACAGCAGUAUCCAUCGGAGUCCGAGGAUUCCUGUAGGCGGCGGGAACUUUGAUAAUUUGGAAGCAGAGAAUAGAAGAACAGGACCCGUGAAUCAUGAAGAGAUACAAGAAGAAAGUGCAAGUAGAGAGGAACUCCGAGUAGCCCAACUCCUAUGCGUCGCCGUCAGCCAGGAGAACUCAUACGAAUCUACGAAUUUAGAGAUCAAAACUUCCGAGAUUCAGACUCGUGUCACAAUAUCAGCACGAGGAACAGACGGUAUUAUUUGUCUUCACGAUUCCUUAAAAUUUUGGGUUACCUGA